GGACGUGUUGUGGCUUGUUCAGUAGAUAAGAUGUUAAGUUAAGCAUAGAUAAAGUCUUUAGAUAAGUUCUUGCUUUUCCUUUUGGCGCUUUAAAAAAAAAAAAAAAAAACAAAGUAAUUUCACUGCAACAAUAGCAUUAAUAAGAAAGAAGGCUGUAUACACACUUAUUUGUGACUUUGAUAUGUAACAUGUAAUUAAAAAUUAUGGGGGUUGGCAAACUUUUUGUUAUUUUAACUGUUUAAAACCUUAAUUUCAGAGACAUGGUUGCUAAUUUCUUGUUUUUCUUCUGUUUGCAGGUGUUUGAGAGGGUAUAACUGGUGUGAGUGUCCCAUUUCAGUGGGUUGUCCUAAUGGCAGUGGCUUCUUCAGUCAGACUACGAGUCAUCCUUGGAGAAGACAGCUCUCAGCGUGUUAUUCUUCGUGAUGGUGUGCCACAUUCAAUGAGUGACCUUUUGGAGGAAGUUCAGAGGCAAUGUAAUUUGCCUGGAAGUUUUAGGCUGCAGUUCAGGGAUCCUGAUUUUGACCAUGAAUUCAUGAACCUUACAUCGCCAUCAGACAUCCAAGACAAAGCCACUGUAAAGGUUGUGUUUUCCCCGUCCACCCAUGUUACUCUGUACCAAGAUGGUAGCCCUCCUCCCCCAUAUUUUGGUGCUUCCCACAGUACAAACAUCUCUCCAGCUCCCUCUCCCUCACCCUCCUCUUCUGAUACAGUCAUAUUGUCAACUCCUCCAUCUACAUCAGGGGCAUCGUCCGAGUCCUCACUUGAGUCUUCCUCAGAGUCAGCAAGCAGCUUGAAAUCUUCUCAAUGGCCCUCUGUCUUUGAUGUGCCCAGGUUCUCUUACGACAGUGAACUCAAGUUGCAACAUGCCAAUACAGCCUUCAAAGAAGAUGGAACAUUCCUCAGCCCUGACCCAAAACUGAAAUCUUCCAUUUUAGAUGGACUUGCAGAAGAAAUUGUGAAGUACAAACUUUAUCCAACUGAUUCAGACUUUGAGGAAGUGGCAAAAGCACUUAUUAAAAAACACCCCUGCUUGAAAGAGCAAGGCUCAGUAACUGGAUGCAGUGGAUGGAAGGUUAGCCUGAAGUACAAACUUGGCAACUAUAGAACAAAACUGAGAAAUGUUGGAUGCAUGGAGGUCACUGUGAAUUCACUCAAACAUAAACCGCAAGGAAAAUCAAGCCCAGCAUAUGGUGUAAAGAAACCACGAAGAGCAGAAGUAAACUACUGUCCAUCAUUUCCAAGUGGCGAAACUGCUGAGAGUCUUGAGAGAGUAAGAGUGACCCUUCUUUCAGAAGGCAAAAAGAAGAACAAUGAUCAGACAUUGAAAGUGCUAAUGGACAAGACCUUUGCACUGAGAAGGCAUGAAGUUAUCCACGAAUCGCCUCUUAUCGCAGACUUCAAGACAAGAUGGCCUGCUCUUUUUAGAACAACAGAGGUAAGCGCUGAAUUUGAGCGGAUUACAACAGUCCCUCUUCUGUCGCGGUUCUUUUCCAAGCUGGAUCGUCACUCUGCAAAACUUCUCAAAGUGUUCGCCAAAAGAGGAGGAGUCCAAGGACGAAAGAUCAUGCAACAUGUGACGGCCAUGGCACAGAGUGACAACGUCGAAGUUAAAAGAGAAUCAGUCCUCAGAGCUCUGUCUCUCUACUUGAAUGAAGAGCCGGAUGAUCUAAUUCGUGAAUAUAUGGUUUCUGAUGUGGCCGCUAUUCAGCAGGGAAUUGACGGGACUGUCUUGGGGAUCUAUGCAACCAGAGUUGAGGGAGCUGAAGUCAUGGACCAUCCUGCAGAUGUAGGAGUUGUAAUCGAAGGUGUUGUGGUUCUGGAAGACCUUGCCAGUGUGUCUCUUGCCAUUGCACUGUUGUUUGGAUUAAUUUAUGCCUUUAAUUUGAGUUACCCUCCCAAAUUCAGGUACACUUUUGAGGUAAUCCAGAAACUCUUUCUGGAACUAGAUGCUAACAAACUGUCACACAAAGUUCAGGCUUUGAAAACCAAGCUCUUCAGUGAGUUGGAGUAGGGUUAGUUUAUAAUGGUCUUGAUUUCGGAAGUAUUAGGCUUGUGACUAAUUAUAUGCUACAGUUUGUACUGGAUUAUUAUUGAGGAUAUUGUUGUUGCGUUUUGCUGACCGAUUUAGAUAAAGCACUUUAGUUAAAUGUAUGUUCAUGUUUAAACAUUUCAAGAUCUGAUUUUUGUUCACAAUCAGAAUGGAGCAUUUUUUUUUUUCAGGCACCUUCAGAGUGAUGCUUUGGCGUAUACUUAUUAUUUUACUUUCUAGAAGUUUUGAACAGACAUUUUGGAUGUGUAGCACUUACUGGCAUAUGCUGUUAAAAUUUGGAAGGACAAAUAUUUGAUUACUACAUUUAUGUGAGAGCUCGUUAAAAUAUCUUGUUAAAAUAUUAAAAUCUAAAAAAAACCUCUAAAUUUGGUAGAACUAAUAUUUGAUGAUUACUACAUUUAUGUCAGGGUUAAUUGAUAUUUAUAUCCCAUUAAAAUAUAUAAAAGCAUCAUAUUUUCAACUUCCUAGGCAAAAAUAUCUGAUUGCGUUUUUGUAUUUUACCUGAUUUUAGCUAAUCACUUCAUAAUUAGAAUAUCCACUUUUGUGUGGCCUGAACAUUAAACAUAAUUACCCCACUGGCCAGAUAUUUUAGCUUGUCUCUAUGGUAUAUGUUUAUUUGAACUUUAUAUUGUUCAGACAUACCUCAAAGAACAAGCCUUGUCAUUUAAAAGUAAACUGCCCUUUUAGAAAUUUCAAUUGAUAAUGUAAGGUGUAUUAAGUUUAUGAUGGUCUUGAUUUUGGAAGUAUUAGGCUUGUGACAUAGUGCUAAUUAUAUGCUACAGUUUGUACUGGAUUAUUAUUAAGGAUAUUGUUGUUGCAUUUUGCUCACAGAUUUAGAACUUUAGUUAAAUAUAUGAUGCAUGGUUGAAACAUUUCAAGAUCUGAUUUUUGUUCACAAUCAGAAUGGAGCAUUUUUUGAGGCACCUUCAGGGUGAUGCUUUGGGGUAUACUUAUUAUUUUACAUUCUAAAAGUUAUAAUCAGCCAUUUUGGAUGUGUAGCACUUACUGGCAAAUGCUGUAAAAAUAUGGAAGGACAAAUAUUUGAUUACUACAUUUAUGUGAGCUCAUUAAAAUAUUAAAAUCUAAAGAAACUCAUACAAAAACAAAUAUUUGAUGGUAACUACCUUUGUCAGGGUUAAUUGAUAUUUAUAUCUCAUUAAAAUAUAUAAAAUACAUCAUAUUUUCAACUUCCUAGACAAAAAUAUCUGGUUCAGUUUUUUUUUUUUUUUUUAACCUGAUAUUAGAUAAUCACUUCUUAGAAUAUCCACUUUUGUGUGGCCUGAAUUUGGAAAAAACAAAUAUUUGAUGGUUUAUACAUUUAUGAGAGAGGUGAUUAUUUAUCUCAUCAAAAUAUCCAAAUCCAAAACCUGUUCAAUUCAAAUUAUCAGACAAAAAUAAAUAUUCAGUUCUUUUAUUGCACCAGGCAGAUUUUAGAUUAACACUUAUUGAUUGACAUAUUAAUUGACAUUCAUUUUUCUGAUUUGUACUGAACAUUAAACAUAAUGAGCUCUCUAGCUUGUCUCUCUACAUGCAUAUUUGAACUUUAUAUUGAUCAGCCAUAGCUCAAAGAACAAGCCUUGUGAUUUUAAGUUAAACUGCCCUUUUAGAAAAUUUUAAUUGAUAAUGUAAGGUGUAUUAAGUUUAUGAUCUUGAUUUCAGAUGUAUUAAGCUUGUGGCAUUGUGCUAGUCUUAUGUUGUUCCUAUAAUAAGGUUACUUUUGUUGCGUUUUGCUGACAGACUCUAGAGAGCUAAAUAUUAAUGUUUUUGAAGCACUUUAGUCAAAUGUAUGCUGCAUUGCUAAAAUGGUGCACACUUGAAGCACUUUCAGUGUGAUGUAAUGUUUUGGGGUAUUUGUAUAAUUUACAUUUUAGAAAUUGACAUUUUGAAAGUGUAGCACUGUAUUAAACUUGAGGAAAUUAUAAUGUAAUUAUGGCAUGGAUAUACAUUUGAACCAACCUUGGUCCAUAUUUAAAAUGCAGUGGUUGUUUUUGUUAAUGUUUUUCUUUGGUGUAGUAUGCUGGAUUGUUCAGUUUUAAUUUGUUAAAUGUUGUACACAGACAUUGGAUGUAUACUACACAUUCUUUAAGUAUUGCCUUUAAAGAAUGGGCUUUAUUGCACUUUAAUGUGUUCACUUUUACCAGCAGGUUAUUUAAAAUGUUGUUGUAUUGUACUUUCUGUAUGUUUUUCUAAUUUUUCUAAAUACAGAUUUGUACAUUUGUUA